AUGCGUCUCGCAACCAUCCUCCCCAUCCUCACCUCCACGCUUGCCACUGCAAGCACAUUAAAUGUCACGGUCCUGGGCGCAAAAAACAAUGCCUCGACACUCGAAUGCUGGGCACUAGAGCCAGGCUUCACGACCUCUUCUGAGGCUGGUACAUCUGGCUCUAAGAGUCUGAACCUAGGCCCCCUUGGUGGAAAGAAUGCGGGUAAUUCCACGUAUACAAUAAUCCCCGCGAAAUUCGACGGUGGGAGACAUAAUGCGCCAUUAAAGCAAUGGGUUAUUUUCAUGUCCGGUCUAGCAAAUAUCACCCUUCCCAACUCCACAAGCAGCGCCUUGGUCCAAGGUGGAAAGAACGGCGCGAUCCUGGCGCUGGAUACUGCUGAUGUCAGUAGCCUUGGACAUUUUACUAAGUAUCCUUCCAAUGAGUUGACUAUUGUGUUGGAGAUUCCGUUGGGCGAGGUGGGGAUUCCUAGACAUACUGUUUUGCAUUCGGGGGCUUGUGGAGGGGCUGAACUUUUGGAUUAA